AUGAGUCACAACAAGGUUGAAGAUAGCUCCAAGUUAAUAAAUUCCGAGUCAGAAGAGGCCGACCAGGAUGAUAACGCCACCCUUAUUGGGUCAAGCGGAGACCUAAGAGAGCCCGCCUUGGCCAAUUUUAAUAGGCAACAAGGUACUCUUGACGGCCAGACAUUGGUAAACGGUGAACCCGGAGUUCGUACUGAGAACGGUAUCUCCUCUUUGAACCAUAACACCAGACGGGAAACGGAUCUUGCAAGAUCACACCUUUCUCAGAUCCAGUACAACGAGAACAGAAUAUCGUUAGACCGCUCUAUCAAUACUGCAACAGACAUCUUGAACCAGCUGCAAUCCGAGAACAACGAGCGCCCAAUUUUCUAUCCUACAAACAUACAGGAUGAGACCAUCGAUUCCAAGUUGAACUCCAGAAGCUCCAAGCUUGCCCUAAUAAGACAAAACUCGAUCAGCAGUCCCGAUAAUCUCAUUAGCAACCGUGAUUCAGAAGGCUUCAGUUUUGAACUACUGAAGAUAAACCUCAAAAUUGGUCCUGGAUCCGAAAACUUGCUCCAAACGUUGGAUAAGUCUGCUUUGUCCCAGCUUUUAAAUGAGAAGUUUAGUCACAUCAAAAGACACCUCAGGUCGUUGAGGGAUAGAAUAGACGACACAUCAUCGAAGGUGUUGGUCACAGGUGAUUUGAACUCAGGAAAAUCGGCAUUUUGCAACGCUCUUCUUAGAAGAAAAGUGCUCCCAGAAGACCAACAGCCGUGCACCAACGUUUUCUGCGAGAUAAUAGAUGCUCGUGAAAACAACAACGGUAUUGAAGAAGUUCAUGCUGUUCCGAUCGGGUCAGUCUACCUGAAGAAUGAUGAAAGAUCCUAUGAGAUUUUCCCGUUGGAGAGACUUGACGAGCUGGUGUACCAAAGUGACGUUUAUUCGCUGUUGAUUGUUUAUGUCACCGAUAACCGGCCAGUGAAUCAAUCACUUUUGAAAAACGGGGUCAUCGAUAUCAAGCUCAUAGAUGCUCCGGGUCUCAAUCUGGACUCUUAUCAUACCACACAAGUCUUCUCGAGACAGGAGGAAAUUGAUCUGGUGGUUUUCGUCGUGAACGCCGAAAACCACUUCACGCUAUCUGGAAGAGAAUUCAUUUCGAGCGUAAACAACGACAAGAACUUGAUUUUCAUUGUUGUUAACAAGUUUGACAAUAUUAAAGACCAGGACAAGUGCAAGCAGAAAGUCAUGGAUCAGGUUCAGAGUUUAUCUCCAGAAACACAUAAAAAUUCAUCCAACUUUGUGCACUUUGUUUCCUCGAAAGAAGUCUUGAACAAUCACCCCGACGGUGGAGACCCCGACGAUGGACCAGAUAAUGGGGAACCCAACUCACCAGACUUCGAUGAGUUGGAGGCAUCACUCAGAAAAUUCGUGUUGGAGAAGCGGUCGUUAUCUAAACUGCUUCCGGCCAAGAACUAUUUGAUAAAGCUCUAUUCUGACCUCAUCGAGCUUUCACAAGUGAACGAGAAGCUUUAUGAUCAGACGAGAGAUGAGAGGGCCAAGGAGCUCAAGGAGAUUGGUCCUCAGUAUGAGGCCAUUCUCCAGUCGUCGGCAAAGACCAGUGAAAGAAUUUUGAGGCUCGUUGAGUCGGUUUCUCAGAAAGUCUACGACUACUCCAAAACCCAGAUUAACCAGAUAAUCAACGAAGUGGAUCACAUGGGUUUGGGAAUCGAGUUUGAGGGGUACUCGAACAUUGCACAAUACGCAAGACUUGCUCAAGAGAAGAUCAUUGACAAAAUCCAGGAGAGCGUGAAUGCUUCUGAGGAGCACGCUCGGAUUGAGACAGAAAAGGCCAUUAACGAUAUCAAGAGUAUUGGAAUCGAAGCUCUGGGCGAAGGUGUUCUACCAAACACUAAAUUCAUUCCAAGCUCGAUGUAUUCCAAGAGAAAAGACAAUUUGCAACGACACAUUGAAAGCCAGGUGUCGGUGCUUGAUUUCAUUGAUCCUAACUUUGAGAGUUUCUGCAAGAUCUGCGGAGUUACUAUUCCAGACUCGAGAACAAACCUGUUGAUUGGAUUGACCGCUAACAAGUUCUGGGCUAGCGGAAUAUCGAGCAUGGCGUUGUUGUAUGGGCCUCGCGUGGUUUCCACGGUGACCGGUAUUGCAUCUUUCUCGUCCUAUAUUCCUGGUGUUAUUUUGAAGAAGGUGAUACCGGGAACCUUAGUUUGUGUUGCCAUUGGAAUGCCUCUUUACUACAUGUACAAGGAUGCUCCGCACGCGUACCAGCGCAAGGUUGUGAAGAAGAUCAAGAAGAAGAUCGAGCAGGAGGACUACGAGAAUAUGAACUCACUGCGGAUCUCGAAGGAGGUGCGCAAGGUGCUGAACUACCCGGCCAAGGACGUGUCGAACGCUUUUGCAACCACGGUUGAGAAGCAGUCGCUGAGACGGUCUAAGGUUCUGACAGACCUGAAGACGAGCGAGAUCAGUUUGGGAUUCUAUCGCGAGCUGACCAAACAGGUGAGAUCACAGCGAGAGCUGGUGGAGUCGUUUGACCUGGAGUCUGUUUAUAUGGUGGAUUAA